UUUCACAGCUCUUUUGUCGUCCGGCUUCACGGCAGCAGUCAGACUCGGUCGGGGAAUGCAGCUCGGCUGUCCUGCGAAGUUUUCUGCAACCAGUUUCUAAACUCCGGCUCACUGAGACAUGGAGACGGCGGGAUACACUUCUGUCGUGAAGUAAAGGCAGAGCAGCGGACAUUUACCGGUUGCUGUCCUACAUCUGAAAAUCUCAUCACUGUGAUCUAAACCAGGGACUGACCACACCACUGACUUCCAGACCUCCUAAACCAGCUUCCAGCCACUAUGUCCUAGCUAACAGCAGCCCAACCCCCCCUCCCCUGACCAUCCUGUCCCUUAAACCCCGGUCCCUCUGUCCGUCUUCCUCCCUCUCCCUCCCCCCGUCGUAGCACCAGCAGCGCUCCUUCUGGCGUGAUGAGCAGCCUGCACCAGCAGCAUCAUGGCAGCACAGGCUCAGAGCGAGACCUUCACUCUGCUGCCUCCUCCGUUAGCCUCCCCUCAGUCAGAAAGACCCCCAAGAAGCGCCGUCUGUCCCUCCACUCACUCUUUGGACGCCGACGCCGGCCUGAUCGCGACCCCAAGCGCAAGUCCAGGCCCCAGCAGGCUGCCGCCGCAGCGGAUGGCAUUGUCAGCACGGAAAAUGUCCAGCCAGAGACUUUCAGCGAAAAACCCUCUGCCCAGUCCGCACUGGCCGCAGCGUCGACUUCAUCAGUGUCGGGUUCUUCAUCGGACACGCUGGAGUGCCCUCUGUGCCUACUGCGCUACGCACGCGAGCGCUUCCCAGACAUCAUGACCUGUCACCACCGCUCGUGUGCAGACUGCCUGCGUCAGUAUUUGCGUAUCGAGAUCUCAGAGUCUCGAGUCAACAUCUGCUGCCCCGAGUGCUCAGAGCGCUUCAACCCCCACGACAUCCAGAUGAUCCUGGGGGACCGGGCACUCAUGGAGAAGUAUGAAGAGUUCAUGCUCAGGAGGUGGCUGGUGGCUGAGCCCGACUGCCGCUGGUGCCCUGCUCCUGACUGUGGUUACGCAGUCAUCGCGUUUGGCUGUGCCAGCUGCCCAAAGAUCACCUGUGGGCGUGAGGGCUGCGGGACAGAGUUCUGCUACCACUGCAAACAGCUGUGGCAUCCCAACCAGACAUGUGACACGGCACGGCAGCAAAGAGCCCAAACUUUCCGCCUCAGGAGUUUCAGGUCCUCCUCACUGAGCUACAGCCAAGAGAGCGGAGCCGCAGGCGACGACAUCAAGCCGUGUCCUCGUUGUGCCGCCUACAUCAUCAAGAUGAAUGAUGGAAGCUGUAAUCACAUGACCUGCGCUGUCUGCGGCUGUGAGUUCUGCUGGCUCUGCAUGAAGGAGAUCUCUGAUCUGCACUAUUUAAGUCCGUCAGGCUGCACUUUCUGGGGGAAGAAGCCCUGGAGCAGAAAGAAAAAGAUCCUCUGGCAGCUCGGCACGUUGGUGGGUGCGCCCGUCGGCAUUGCACUCAUAGCUGGCAUCGCCAUCCCCGCAAUGAUCAUUGGCAUCCCAGUCUAUGUGGGCCGAAAGAUCCAUAAUCGCUAUGAGGGCAAGGACAUCUCUAAACACAAGAGGAAUUUGGUAAUAGCUGGUGGUGUGACGCUCUCUGUGAUUGUGUCGCCUGUGGUUGCAGCAGUAACUGUUGGAAUCGGUGUCCCCAUCAUGCUUGCUUACGUCUACGGAGUUGUCCCGAUCUCACUGUGCAGGAGCGGCGGCUGUGGAGUGUCUGCUGGCAACGGCAAAGGGGUGCGAAUCGAGUUCGAUGACGAAAAUGACAACAUAGGUAGUGGGGCGGCAGCCACAGACACAACCUCUGUGGCUGAGACUCGGCUCAACAAUCCCAGCCUCGGAGAUGGAGUGAGUGUCGGCGGCCUGACAGGCCUGAGCCUCAGUGUCAGUGGGAGCCACAUGGAGCGCUGCGGCAUGAGCUCCACGCAGCGGGACAACAUGAGCGACAAUGCCAGCACCACAGCCAUCGCUGGGACCAGCAUCACCGGCAGCCUCUCUGGCAGCUGCUACAACAGGAUGGAGGUGCAGGCUGAUGUCCAAAAGGAGCGCUGCAGUCUGAGCGGAGAGUCUGCCACUGUCAGCCUCGGGACAAUCAGUGACAACGCAAGCACAAAAGCCAUGGCCGGAUCCAUCCUCAAUGCUUAUAUGCCUCUGGAAAGAGACGGUAGUCUGGAAGUUCAGGCAGACGUGGAGUCCAAACCAGAAAAGGUGAGGCACUGCAGCGCCAGCAGCAGCCUGGAUGAAGCCAGCUGUAGCGGCAGCACCGUCGGCCUUAAAGGUGCUAGCGGUGGUACGUGCACAUGCACCUCCACCUGCUGCUGCGCACAGCACGAUAAUCACUGCUGCCCAUCGUCCCCCUGGUCAAAGGAACCCUCCACUUCAUGGGGCAAGAAGAGCAAAGGGAAGCUGUGGAAAAGAGCCAGCAGCAGCAGCAGCAAAGGAGAAACUAAAAUUAACGAGACACGUGGAGAUAUGGAUGCUCAGCUACUGGAGCAGCGCAGCACUAACUCCUCCGAGUUUGAUUCGCCAUCUCUCAGUGGCAGCCUGCCCUCAGUGGCUGACUCGCACUGUAGCCACUUCUCAUCAGAGCUGAGCUGCUCAGACCCUGAGACCUCACGGCCAGCUCAUCCACCCUGCUCGGCCCCAAUGGACCAUCACCCCACCACUACCACCACUGCCACCUUCAACGACGUCACCAUCACACCCAUGCCUGAGGUGGAGCACGACCGUCUGGAGCAUUAUCCACCGCAGAGUAGCCACGCGGCCUUCGCCCACCGCCAGCUAUCGUCAUCUCCGCCUGCUUCACCAAAAGAGGGAAGCAGCGGGACGUUUCUGUACAUCAGUGAGGAGGGUGGAGGCGAUGUUGCAGAUACCGAGGUGGAGAGGGAUGAGAAAAUAAAAGAGACCACCAAAAACACUGCCGCACAGCCUGACAGCCCAACAAGGAAGCGCUGCAUACAGACAGAUAUCUAAAGGAAUUCUUCUCUUGCCAGUUAGCCUUAUCGCCUAAUUUCACUCUUGAGUGCAUAUUGGAAGGCUGUUGGUCAAGUUUAAGGCUAUAAAUGAAAUUAUAUAUUACGUGAAUGUCAGCCUGUAUAGUUACAGAGAGGGUCGAUGUCCAAGUUUGAGAGAGAUUGUGUGAAUCAAGUAAGAAGGAGCACAGUAAAGUCAGAGCAGACGUGGUCUGUUCUUCAGUGACAGAACAAACAGACGUGCACCAGAAGGUGGAGUAGAAUGUAUGUGGACAGGUUUUAAGUAUGUUAUCAGGGUGGAGAGACACAGCAGAAGGUCCGUCCAGCUAUUAUGAAGAUCUGCAAAGUCUGACCCCUGAAUGAUUUUCUGAAUCCAAAACCCUUUCCCUGACUUACGCAAAGCAGAACUGAUAAAAGCUGGAAGGGAAGAAAACAAAUGAUGUUCUUUUCAAUAGUAAGUCAAGCUGCUAUUUAAAGCCUGAACCUGUUCUCCCUCGUGACAUCUGCAAAAAAAAAAAAAAGUGGUUUUCUCCGGAUGUUUGCAUGAAUCAGGGACGGUCAUGUCAUCACUGUGGUCCACCGCCGUGCCACCAGAUCAUUCUGUGACUUCUUAAUGUGGCACGAGAAACACCACAGCUAAAGGAUUGUUGAACCUAAGAGGGACCAGUCCAUACAGUACAGUAGCAAAUUUUAUUUUUCCAUAAUCAUCUAUAAAAAAAAAAUGUUGCUUUUGUUUUGUUUAAAAUGUGACUUGUUUUUUUUGUGCUUUUGUCUUUGCUCAUUUUUUUAUUUUCCAUUUUGGGAAAGUUGGUUUUAAUGUUGAAGCCCUCUGUUGGGUCCAAACCUUGUCGUAUAAUUUGGUGAGACGACUCAAAAUAGCCUCCCCUUUGUUUCUUCUUUUCUUUUUUUUUUUGAAUGUGGAUUUGAGACAGUUGUCAUCUUGCAUCAAUUCACCUUCACGCCAAGUUUAUCAUGGAAUUAUGCAAGGUAUAUUAAAGAAAGGGAGCAUGUAGCAUUUCUCUGGUUUGUUUUAGUAUUCAGUCACUAAAACUGUAAAGUCAACCAAACAAGCAGUGUAUUUGCAAUAAGAAGCUCUUACAGCUCACUAUACUCAAAGGUGCAAUGAGACUCCACGUGUAUUUGAGCACACACAUCACGUCAGUGAAUUUAUGGCGAUACAGGAGUCAAGUUUUGAUCCUCCCUCAGUAAUAUCCAAAUCAAAAUCAAAUUUUUGAUUCAGAGCUUUUGGUGUAUUUGAACUGUUUUGUUUUCUUAAAUCCUUGCAGAUGAUUAAUGCAGAUAAUUUUAUAUUUGUUGGACCCACAGUGCCUUUUGAGGGGAAAAAUCCUUUGUAUAGUGAUUUUAUUUUUUAUUUCCUUGUUCUGUAUGUCUUCAAAUGAUAAACAUAAAAGUCACGAGAGAAUGAGUUCUACUUGCCUCACAGAUUGCACAAACGCUGAUGGAAAAUACCCUCCCCCGAGUGCUAAUGCUAGCUGUCACACUAGCUUAUUUAGAGUACCAAAGACUGCUCUCAGGCCACCACAGUUUAGACUACAACCCUUGACAGAACCACUAAUAGAUGUAAUGAUACCUGAAUGAUUUCCUUUUUAGAAAUCUGGAGUUCAGUCUGCGAGGUUGAAAACUGGCGUCUGCAGAUUAGAAAACUGUGGAUUAAGUCUGAUUUUAGGGCGGUAGUUUGUAUCUGAAGACCAAAAUGUCUUUUUUGUUUUUAAGUAAUUUUUUGGGAGUUAAAUUUUGAAAAAGUUUCCCCUGAAGUAGCCAAAGCCAGUUCACCUUUUUGUCGUCGCUCCCGUUGGCAAUAAAGACCUGUUCAUCAAAGCGAUGAGCAUUUUGAGCAUUGCAUGUUGUGUUCAGCAGCUGCUAUGAAUUUUCAGCCUGACCGCAGAUUACUCUGUUGGGAUGUUGACCAGCCGAGCUCAGCGUGAGCCGUCUGGGAGUAAAGAGUUAGAGGAGCUGCAGUGUUGACUGAAAGAAUUUCGGUGCGCCUCAAAAGCCUCUAGCUGCAGGAUAUUCCCACCCUGUUUAUGUUCCCUCUCCUAACGCCUGUUAAAUUCCUGUGAGUUUUAUAUUAUUAUUUGAAGACUAGUGCCUGGUCUGUUUUCUAACUUGGUCAGAAGAAGCUUAUGCUAUUUGAAAAAAGUAUAUAUUCCCUAAUUAUUUACUUUAUAAUGUGCAUGUAAAUGCAUAUCCUUACACAAUAAAACUCUCAAUCAAA